AAAUGUUAUGAGCUGUCUGCCUAAAUGGAUUUUCAAAAUUAUUUAUUUCCGUGUGUUUCGGGUGUACCCAAACAUGGGUGAGAGGUCAAGCAAAAGCGGAUACCUUGGUAGUGUAACGAUUCCGCCGAUAGGAAAACUGGGCGACCAGGAUAACUAUUGGACUUGGCGCAUACUAAUACGAUCUUAUCUGGAGGCUCUAGGACUAUGGGCGGGAAACUUCCCGAGGGAGGGCCCCCAAGCCAAGUUCAUUUUGCUGAGCACAGUUGAAAUUUGGAUAUUGAGAAGAGAAUAUGAACAUUUCAAUUGUAAACAAAUUUAUCAAGAUCUCGAGAAACGGUUUAGUGUACCUCGACCAAAAUCUGCCACAACUCUGUAACCAUUUAGGAACUCGACAGAAUAUAAUAGACUGAUUUUCGAUUAUUUAAA